AUGAGUGAGCAGCCAGGGCCACAUGUUGAAACACUUAGCUGGAGUAGAUAUUCGCAGAAGGAUCAUCCUUUGCAUUUUCAUAACCUGGCAAAGCGAGGCUAUCAUUCAUUCCAGUGUUAUCAGGUUCCAUUCCACGUCAAAAAGCGCUACUCAUUAGUGCGAGAGUUGGGUAUAGGCUCAUAUGGAUGUGUUGCUCUGGCGUACGAUAGUGAGACGAGCCGCCAUGUCGCCAUCAAAAAGAUGAGCCGUUUCUUUGGACGUGAAGUCUUGACGCGACGUGUACUUCGAGAAGUUGCCUCCUUGCGUCACUUGAUGAAUUGCCCCUAUGUUGUGGAUGUUAUUGAGUUCGACGUCACAUUUAUUGAGUUUAAUGAGGUGUAUUUGAUUCUCUCAGCGUGCGACGCCGAUCUGUUUCAAAUUAUCCGUUCUGACCAGGACCUGACUGAAGCUCACAUUAAGUACUUCCUUGUUCAACUUCUCCGUGCCGUUCAUCACCUGCAUUCUGCUCAUAUCGUUCACCGGGACCUGAAGCCAGGGAAUCUUCUCGUUAAUGCAGAUUGUACUCUAUGUCUCUGCGAUUUUGGCAUGUCGCGUGCCUUCGAUUCAGACAACACUGAAUUUCUUGAAAGUCUAGCUCGGCUUGGCGAUCCAGCUAGCUGGGACCACUCAUUUGCUCAUCCAGAGGUUAAUAUUCGUGAUGUAUUCUCUGUGAAUAAUAUUGAAAUAUCUUCACCGCGGGAGUCGACACCGGGCACGGAUCUUUCAGACCAUAAAGCUUUCAUGCGCUUCUUUCAUCCAGGAGGUAGUGAUCGUUUGCCGACCAAGUUGGGAUUGCCUUCAGUGGAAACUUCCCAACCCAUUAAAUUUCCCGGCGCUCCCCUCACUGAUUAUGUUGCGACUCGCUGGUAUCGUGCUCCUGAGGUCAUGCUCUGUUGUCGCGGCGGCUAUGGUCCUUCCAUGGAUAUGUGGAGUGUUGGUUGUAUAUUCGCAGAAUUGUUGGGUAGAACACCCGUCUUUCCUGGAACUGAUUAUGUGGACCAGCUGAAUCGGAUUCAUAAAGUCCUUGGUAAUCCCCCAGAGGCUGUGCUGGACCGGAUUGGCUCUGACCGAGCGAAGAAGCAUAUGGAAUCCAUGGGAGACCGCAACGGGGUCGCUUGGGCCGAUAUUUAUCCGGACGUCCCAGAGCAAGCUCUAGAUUUGCUGUCUCGAAUGUUGCGUUGGGAUCCACAGAAACGCAUCACAGCGGGCGAGGCACUUUCGCAUCCUUGGCUGAGGCGCUAUCGUGAGGCGUCCUAUUCCGCACAGAAGGCGCAAGCUUUCACACGAUUCGACGAGGUAGAGCACAUUCACACUCCUCUUGAGUUUAAGCUCGCGAUGGAAGAAGAAAGUUUGGCCAUUGCGAGAUUGCAGUCUACUGGGCAUUCUGAGGAUUAUUGUUCGGACUGUUAUCGCUCAUCUUGCUUUCCACCCUCUAGCGAAGAUGACGCACACGCUGUGGAAAAUGACCAUCAAACAGAUGUACCGACAUCUGCUAGCCCAGAAACCCCCCAAAAUACACAUGUGGCCGAGCUAUCAGAUGUGUUUGUCCCUAGUGCAUUAUUUGCUCCAAAUUCGGCGUACGAUCUUCCCUCCGGCGUUUCUUCCGCGCCAGAAUCACCACUACAUCAGAACGCGCUCAGCAAGCAAGCUGAGAGCCGAGGAGCGCGACGGCUCUCAGACGUAGAAUGCCGUGAUCAAAAGAUUCAGCGACGUGGCUAUCAUGAGAGCACACUGUUUGGCAGAGCAUGUGCUUUCAUUGGGUGGUCGUAA